CGUCGCAGACGCCGACCGCUCGUCUCGUAGUCGGUUGCGUAGCGAUAGUUUUUCUCGCGUCGCGCGUCAGUCGCGUCACAGGGUGAGAUCGCGCGGAAGCGAAGGUUGCGCCCGUGACCGCGCCCGCCCGCCGCCGCCGAUAACGGCCACCCGCCGCAGUCGCGCAGUAUCGCGCCGCGCUCGCUGAUCCUCGGAGCUCGACCCCCGCGCGGAGCCCGCUCGCAGCCUGGAGCACGAGGACCCUGUGUAGUGAUGUGUCCGCGUCCAUGCCGCCGAUGAUGUGUGGGCGGCAAGUGAGUGAAGUGAGAGUAUGCGCGCGAGGUGACGCCAGGCCCCGGCCGACGCGACCGUAGCCCGACAUGUGGACACUGCUGCUGCCGCUGCUGGCGGUGGUGGCGCUCGCCUCAGGGGCUGCCUUCACUCCCGACAGGGACUUACUUGAGUGUGCGAGCCAGAUCCUGUACAUGGACCAGCAUGUAUACGAUAUUCCAAAAAGCUACAACAGAAACAUUCCACCCGAUAAAAACACGACAGUUUACGUUGGAGUAAAUGUCAAUCGGGUCUCUGGAGUUGAUGAGAACAAAGAGGAGAUAACACUAGACGUGUUCCUGCAAGUGUCAUGGGCAGACAGCAGGCUGCACGUGCCACCAAACAUGCCCUUCAUCGACCUGCCGUGGGAGUUCCGCGCCCUGAUCUGGACACCAGACCUCUACAUCUGGCAGCUCCAGACUAUGCGAAUACUCUCCGUCCUCCAGGAGAUGGCGUCCCUGCGCCUUUACUCCAACCGCACCGUCUCAGUCAGUAUUGGUGCGACAAUAACAAUCAAGUGCGAGAUGGACUUUGUUCUCUAUCCCUUGGACGUGCAGAACUGCGCCAUCGACUUCAGCAGUUACAAAUACACGACGCAAGACGUGCGCUUCGAGUGGCGCGAGGUCGCGCCGUGGCUGGGCAUCGGCCCCGUGGGCAGCGAGCAGCGCAGCCAGUUCCGUCUGCCCAAAUAUGUGGUCACCUUCGUCACGGACAAAAGUAAUCAUAUUCGCAAUUUUGGUGAAGGGGAGCACUCGGCAGCGCGGCUACAGAUCAAGUUGUCUCGGGAGCUGCGCAGCUAUCUACUGGAGAGCUACCUGCCGUCCUCACUGUUCGUCAUCAUCUCGUGGGGCAGCUUCUGCGUCAUCCCGGAGAUAGUGCCCGGCCGCAUGGUGCUGCUCGUCACCACACUGCUCUCUCUCGUCACCAUGUUCGAUACAGUCAGCACAAAUUCGCCAGACGCGCUUGAGCUGAAGUGUAUCGAGGUGUGGUUAAUAUCGUGCACGAUAUUCGUGUUCCUGGCGCUCAUGGAGUACUUUGUAGUGCUGUUCGGUAUCCGUUACGACAAGAGUUGGAGUCGACGGCGAGCAGACCUGCGCCGAGCUGCAUCCGCCGCGCAGCUUGCGCCGCCGCCUCUACACAUCAACCACUCGCAGAGGCUGAGCACGCCGGUGACCGGCACGCCCCAGGGCGGGAUGUUCUCGCCAACGUUGAGCGUCGAGGAUGACGGCUUCAAGCAACAGAUGGAACACCAAACCAUUCAGAGGGACUCCCCGAUACUGGAGUCGAUGCCGUCGGGCGGCGGCGGGCCGAGCGGCGCGGUGGCGCGGCUGCGGCAGGCGGUGGACCGCGCCGUCAUGUUCUGCGGCGCGCAGCACGGCGCGCUCGACAAGUUCGCGCUCAUGGUGUUCCCUAUGUGCUUCUGUCUAUUUACCGUCAUAUACUGGACCACAUACCUCAGUGAGGCGCACCGCGCCUCGCGGCUCAAGUGACCAUACAAGUGACAAGUUCUCGCACGGUUACAUCACCAACUUGUGAUUACAGUGCCUAUGCAGACGUUGUGACGUUGUUGUACAUAUUAGACGAAUUACUAGUCAAAUUAUAAAUAUAAACGUGUGACCCUCUAUUUGUAAGUCAAAGCCUUUAAAUACAUAAUGAACAAUGUUGAACAUUGUAGCGCGAUGUCGAGGUUGUUCGUGAGCGAAAAUGCAAUUGUUAAAAGUUCCAUUGAAGUUUGUUCAUAGUGUUCUUAAAAUUAGAGCUGUAAAUGUGCCUUGUAAAAAUACGGUUUCAAUUUUAUAAGAUUGAGUACUGUGACGCUAGCAAAUUCUAAAAUUAUUAGAUAUCUUAGAAAUGCUCAGAAUAAAGAAAUCAUUUCGUGAGAUUUAAAAUCGUAUAGCACAAUAUGAAAAGGAAAGAUAUCGUUAUGUACGUAAGCGGGCAGCAUGGGGACCACAGUUAAGCUCAAUAGUACAAAACUAUUAUAAGAAUAAUGCCUUUUCUGACUCGGGUGCCUUUUGCCUUGUGUUUUUCCAACGAAUUUUGAUGAAGAUAAUUUUCUAUCUACUUAUACUCGAAUUACUCGGAACAAAUGUCUUAUGCAACGAAUACACGUAACAUGGAGUGUUUCUAUACUGCUUAUCUAUUGCGUCUCCUAAAUACUUAUACUUAAUAGUUAGUUUCUAUAUACCUUAUCUUGUUUUCGUUUCUUUAGCCAUAACUUUGUAAUUAUAAAUACUUGUUUUCUUUUUAUUUUUUGAAGCCAUUUUCCGUAUAAAGUAGAUCAUGUCUGUAAUUGAUCCCAAACUCGUAAAUGGCAUUUAGACAAAUGCCUACCGGUAGGUGUACAUUGUAAUAUAAUGUAUCGUAAGUCUAGCAAGUAAAUAUUUAUUGACUAAGGCCUGAAGAUAAUACCGAUAUCAUAGAGAUCGUAGUGCUCAUUUAGUUGUAUUAACUUAUUAUAAAUUAGCUUAUAGGUUGUCAUUCUAAGAUAAUUUUAUACCUUACACAUGUCUAGGGAUUCAUUUAAUGAAGCAGUAAUUCGGUAAAAUUAUUAGAUAUUAUUCAAAAGUGUGUACUACUUUUACUGAAAUUGUACCUAAAUGCGAAAACUAUCAGUAUGCAGCCAUCAUAUAUCCUGUAUAUUAUAAGUAUUACUUUGGUACUAAGUACUUAAUAUCCGCAGUUACAAACACUACUAACGAACGACUAAACAUGGUCACAUUUUGAUUGACUUUUAAUAUUCAAUAACGUUUUAAUUGCUCCCCAUAAUUAAAUAAGUAUACGACAUACUUUCCGAUCACACAUAUCAGCAAGCGAAAUAGCUUAAUUAGUUACGCAUUCGUUUAAUCCAAUGUCUAUCCUAUCUACAGACACAGCAGUAUGUAGAAUUACUUACGCUUCGAAGCUUCAAGAUGUGACAAAUUUUUAUUAUCAAAGUGUGGCCAAUCCAUUAAAUAGGUUCGAAAAAAAUAUUUUAUAUAAUUUGUUCUAUCCAUCUAGUCUCAUGCGGAAAUAAUAAAUGUAUUGCAUGCGUCAUUGUUUCUUUUCCUUCAUUUUUACCGAUUAAAUCGUAGCACAAAUCUGUUUUACGCACAAAGAGUUUCAUCUAAUCAUUUUAUUCUUGUUCCCAUUGAAGUUGUAAGUUAAAUUUACUAAGUACUUAUAGUUUAAGGACGAAGCAUCGUGUGAUAAUAAGAUGAAUCAUUAUUUAUAAUCGGUUUGUUAUCGUUUUUUCAUACCGCCACGGAUGUGUACGUAUAAUCCACGGAAUGACGUUUUUCUGCUGAAUAGAUGGCGCUACUGAAUCGUUGAGUCCUGUUCGUCUUUCGAUCGAUGUGAAAUGUUUUGUAAACAAAGCAAGAUGGGAUUACAUCUAGCUAAACCAAAACAGCACUUUUCUGUUUAUCUCUUUGCUUAUCAUUCAGAACUAUCACUAAAUAGUCGGAAUUUGAAGAAAACAGUUUGUAAGGCCUUAUGCUUUAUUUACAAAACAUUUUACAUCGAAACCACUGUUAAAAAAUGUGGAUGGACUAAUGGUUUGAUACUAUAUUUUGGGUUAUCGCCGCUAGGAAGUAUUAACUUACUAUCAAAAGUAUUAUUGUACUCGACAGACGGCGUUAAUGUAGCGUGAGCUCCCAUUUUGUCCAAUCAUGGCAGCUGUCAAAAAAUGCUUGUCCAAUGGUAUGAAACUAGGAAAUUCUCUCUCUAUGAAACUGACCUCAAGACACGUUAGCACCAUCUACUGAGCACAAAUUGUAGUAAAAAUUGUGUAAUCAAGAAGUUAACGAAACUUUCUAGUUAAGCUAAACACGAAUUUAAAUUUGAAAUCAUUUAUUUUCGAAUGUUAUGUUUAAAGAUACAGGUCUAAAUAUUUAAGCAUAAAUUGUGAAGAUCCGAAAUAUUUACAAAAUAUGUUACAUACCAAUAAUUCAAUGUUCACACAUCGUGCAAACCGUGGCGGAUAACGUACGAAGCUACGUCAAAAUAUCAAAUAAGUCCAAUUUAGUAUUAACUUCUUCACCUACUGAACAAAUUUGUGCCUUUUCAGUCAUUUACUUGCCUAAAUUAAGACAUAGGGUUACGCUUGUGAUUCAUAUCUGUUAUCUAAACAAAACUGUGGGAAGGCAGUAUUAAAAACCUUACAAAAAUCUUAGGCAAUACAUAAUUAUAAUAAAAUUAAGUGAAUAAUAAAAAAAUAAUGAA